AAAAUACCUAGGAGCUAUAGCCCUGAGUGAUGGGGCCUAACGACACCACUGCGUUCGCCAUGAGGACUCAACGCGCCAUGCCGCCUGGAACACAGAGCCCUUCAGUCGCAGCACUUUCUCUUUGGCGUUUUUUGGCAUUUACUGACUUUAGUAUUACUGACACUGUCCGAUGUGCUUGGGGACGGUAGGGGCUCUGAGUGUGCCUCCCCCGUGGCUGUUUCAGCCCUUAAAUCAUCGUCAGGGCUUGAAGAAGCUCACUCAAAAAAUUCGCCAGCUUAGACUGCGCCAUUGUUUGGUUCACGCAGAGAUAAUUACGCCACCACACCAGGCUGAUUAAGACGCAUUGCAAUUGGUCAAAAGAAACGUGUAUGUGGUGGACAUCCGCUUCAGGAAAAAAGACCGAAACACUUCUGGAGAGCGAUGAACUAAUACCAAAACACCAAAGAACUAAAUGUUGAACUUUUUAACUUGGAGUUUGCCUCCUGGUGUCCUCAAUAAGUAGAGCCGAGGAUGCAGAUGUGUCCAUGAAGGCCUUGUUUCAGCGCAGGCUUCAGAAACUGAGGCCCUAAACACAGCAGUACAAUCUGCAGUCCACGUGUGUGAAUGCUCACUGGCCCGGCUCUCUACAGAGAUGGAGUCGUAUCUUUUCCCCUUCGAUGGGCUGAUCUGCAUGCUCCUGGGCAUCUCCUUCACCGUGUGGUUCACACUCCUCCUGGUUUUCAUCAUCGUACCUGCAGUGUUCGGCGUGUCCUUUGGCAUACGGCGACUGUACAUGAACUCACUGCUGAAAAUAUUUGAGUGGGCCACCCUGAGGAUGGAGAGAGGAGCGAAAGAGAAGAACCAGCAGCUCUAUAAACCAUACAGCAACGGGAUCAUCGCGAAGGAGCCAGCAUCACUGGAGCAGGAAAUACAGGAAGUGAGGCGAGUAGGCGGAGCCGAGGCCGAGUUCGACAUGUCGGACAUCUUGUUUUUCUGCCGUCGUGGAGUCGAGAGCAUUGUGGAUGAUGAGGUAACGAAGCGCUUCACUGCUGAGGAGCUAGAGUCGUGGAACCUGCUGACGCGCAGCAACUAUAACUACAACUUCCACAACAUCAGUACACGGUUGACGGCACUGUGGGGGCUCGGCAUGCUCAUCCGCUACGGCAUCCUGCUGCCUCUCAGGGUCACUCUGGCUUUUACUGGCGUCGGACUCCUCGUAGUUCUCACCUCCCUCAUCGGCCUGCUCCCAAACGGCAGGACGAAAAAUUUCCUGAGUGAAAAAGUGCAUCUGAUGUGCUACAGGAUCUGCGUUCGAGCUCUCACCGCCAUCAUCACAUACCACGACAGUGAAAACAAACCCAGGAAUGGAGGCAUUUGUGUGGCCAAUCACACGUCGCCCAUCGACGUCAUCAUCCUGGCCAGUGAUGGCUGCUACGCCAUGGUCGGGCAGGUCCAUGGUGGCCUUAUGGGCGUGAUUCAGAGAGCGAUGGUCAAAGCCUGUCCGCACAUCUGGUUUGAGAGAUCAGAGGUUAAAGAUCGACACCUAGUGGCCAAACGUCUCAGUGAUCAUGUUGCAGACAAAACCAAGCUGCCCAUCCUCAUUUUCCCAGAGGGUACCUGUAUUAAUAACACCUCAGUAAUGAUGUUUAAGAAGGGAAGCUUUGAAAUCGGAUGCACGGUGUAUCCAGUGGCUAUAAAGUAUGACCCAAGGUUUGGAGAUGCUUUUUGGAACAGCAGUAAGUUCGGGAUGGUGAAUUAUCUCCUCCACAUGAUGAGCAGCUGGGCCAUCGUUUGCAGUGUGUGGUAUCUACCACCCAUGAGUCGAGAGGAGGGUGAGGACGCUGUGCAGUUUGCUAACCGAGUGAAGGCUGCCAUUGCCAGGAAGGGAGGUCUAGCUGAUCUGUUAUGGGAUGGCGGGUUAAAACGGGAGAAGGUGAAGGAGGUGUUUAAAGAGGAGCAGCAGAAACUCUACAGUAAAGUGUUAGUGGGAAAUGGCGAGGAUCGAAGUCGUUCCUGAUCAACGACGUGCUGCCUGAUUGCAAGCAGACCUACCAACUGUGCCCAGAGUGCAGGAUGUUUCUGAACCAUGGCACAGACCAAAACCGGGCCAAGAUUGACGCCUUGCUGAACUCCUCUGCAAGAUUAACGCUGAACUGAAAUAAAUGGAAUUAAACAGGUCUCAACUGAACGGAUCACAUUAAGAUGGAAUUAAACUGAACUGAAAACAACCUUGGCUGAACAAAGUAGAUCGGAACUGAUCGGAGUCCUGAAAUGAAUGAAUCUGAUCUGAAUUCAGCCGAGGCGAAUGAGUGGAAUGGAACAUGUUGAAUUUGAGCUGAACAGAACCAAAUUGAAUAAAUGGGGACAGGUCAGAACGGAGCCCAAAAAAAUCAACAAAACUAUCAUCUAACUAAAUAAAACUGAAUUCAGCUAAACAGAUCUGAACUGAACUUAAACCAAUCUGAAUAGAUCGGAUGCAAACUGAAGACCUCUUGAACCAAAAUGAAGUAAAUUCUUAUGAAACUCCAUUCAGAUUGAACUUAAGGGCUCUGAAUUGAGUUACUCCGUUCAAAUUGCAUUGAAUUACAAUAAUUGGAUCCAAAUGGAAUGACCAAGUUGAACUGAAUCAGAAGAAUCUGAACGGAGUUAUAAAAAUCUAAUUGGAUUUGAACUGAAAGAAUCCGUCGCUUGCUGAAUAUUUUUCAAUAAUGUUACUUUGCACACUUUUGCACGAGUCCAUGCAGUGGCAUUAUACUUUUUCCCCCCACUGUCCUUGGGACUGAGUUACAUCAAACUUUUUUUUGUUUGUUUGUUUUCUAUUUAUUUAUUUUUCUUUUUUGUGUAGUCUGUUACAUUAAAGUCACAUUUGCUGUGAUUUACAUGAAUGCAUGUUUUCUUCCAGCAGGAAGAAAAGGAAGAUCUGUGUCUAAAAGUCUAUUGCGUUUUUUCUUUUAAAAAGAAAUGAAACUCAAAGUUUGGAUUAUGAUCUCUGAAGCUGACAUUGGACACUCAGGCAAAGUGUGUGCUUUCUCAUUUAAGUGUUCAAUCACUUAAAUGUUGACAUGCAGAUUUAAAAAAAAGCAAAAGAAUAGUGUGCAUCAUUAUGUGCUAAUAAUUAGACAUACAAUAUAAUAUGCUUAUUAAACACGCACAAUAUUAUAGUGGCCACUUGAGAGCAUUGUACUAGAUAAAGCCUGCACUGUUCAAAAGACAUAAGUGUCUCAUCUGAUCCCAUGUGUGUGAAAGCGAUUGUGUCAUUAUGGGGACUGGGUGAGCGUGAAAAUAAAAGGAAAAGAUCCUGAAAAUAUUAGGUGAUCACUGAGUUCUGAAAUUGAACAUAUCUUGAAUUCUGUUGAACCCUGUCAGAAUGGUCUGCUCCAUUUCUCAUUAAAUGAAAAUGUUGUAUUAA